UGCCUGGGUCAAAUAAACACAGAUAAGCCUCAUAUCUCUGAGCUGGAGCUCAGUGUCUGCCAUGAUCCUGACGGCUCCGUCUCCGUGCCUUCCUUCUGCCGCCACCGUCCAGCAGCUGUUCUCUGUGGCCCGAGACGCCGACAUCGUCCCGGAUAUCUCCCUGGAUCCGGUGCUCACCACCUUCCUGUCCCUGGACUCUGCCGCUGCCCUGCAGCAUCGGUACGGCUUCCUGCAGCGUGGCAUGAGCGGCGAGCAGCAGGCGGCCUUCCACCUGAAUCUCACCGCACAGCUGAGCGGCUGCAGGGUGGCGAACGGAGGCGUAGGGGUCGUCGCCUUGGCCCUGUCCCUGCUGUUUGACCAGGUGGCCCAACAUGUCCGCGCUGCAGCUUCGCCGCAGGGAUCCGAAGUUCCGAGGGUGUUCGGCGUCAGCGCCUCGUCCAGAAUCGGAUCGAUGAUCCACGGCUACCUGCGCCUGGUCCCCGCCGUCGCCAACGACGAGGAGAAGAUGGCGGAGGCCGCCGAGCUGUACGACGCCUGGCUCAACCUGGAGCUGAUCGACCAUUAUGAGAGGAUGACCACCAAGAAGAGGAUGAGCACAGAAGCCAUGCGGCAGUGGCUGGCCGGCGCCGCGUUUCACCUGCACCUGAGGAUCCACCAGGUUCGCCUUCACUCUGUGCCGUCUGGGUCCAUCGAGUCUCUGCGUCUGUCCUAUAAGACGGGGUUAGAUCGCCUCAUUAGAGGCUACUUCGCCUAUUUACGUAAAACCAUUUUGGAGACUGAAGCUGGAGGAACAUUGGAGCCAAAACGCAGCAGCGUGGAAAACAGCAACGCCUCCAGCAUGGGGAAUGUGACGGCUCACCCAGCUGAUGCCAAAGCCAACUCGACGGCAGGCGACCAGAGGAGCUGCGGGCAGCUUGUGGAAAGAAAUGCUUCAGCAGCGCCGUGUUUCAGCCAACCGGGUCUGCUGGUCAUCGAGCCGCAGAAGGAAGUCAGUCACGGCGUCCGGCAUCGGCCCUGUGAGUCCGCGGCCAUCCAGGAGGCCCUGGUGACGCGCAUCAUGAAGGCGCAGGACCUGGAGCGCAACAGGAACUUCUUCCUGUAUCCGGAGAAAGUUCUGCGAGGCCUGCUGAGGCAGAGGCAGCACUUUGAGCUGCGGGCGAACCGGACCCAGAGAAACGGCCCGUCCGGAUUGCAGCCGCGGAGCGAAAACAACAAACUGCAAAUUAUGGAAGCUUAAGACGACGGAGGAACAUAAAACAAUACAAUCAAGAGAAUAAAGUCAUAAAAUUACAA